AUGGAAAAUAUUAUGAAACUGGUUAAUAAAUAUACGUAUGAAUGGAACACAGGCUUGGAAACAUUUGAUAUGAAAAAAGGUUGUAAAGUAGUCUUUUAUUGGUAUUUACUUUGGGGUCCUGUUGCAAUUAUAGCCACACAAUUUGCGCAGUUUGAUGCAAUAAUUCAUAGAAAAUUUUCAGUUCCGACAUAUUUGCCAGUGAUCGAUGAAUAUAGUUCACCAUAUUUUGAAAUAUUAACAAUUAUCUACUAUAUUGGUACAGUUCAAAUGGGAAUGUCUUUCACCACUUUGGACAAUAUCACGCUACCACCAAUGGUACUUAGUGCACAACAAUUUCAAAUGUUAGGAGGGAAAUUAAAAUCCAUACAUUUUACAGCAUUGAUUAAUAUUGGAAUUGUCACGAAAGAAAAUGUUAAACUUUAUCGUGAUAAAUUCUUUACCAAUUAUUAUAAGGCAGAAUUGGAAAAACUUUACGACAGUAAAAGUACUAUUGAAUACUUAUUUCAAUGUGUUUUGACCGAAGAGCAAAAAGUAAUGUAUGAAAAAGAAUUACAAAAAUUAAUGUUGGAAUGUGUUGAAUAUCAUCAAAUAUUGACUGAUUGUUGUAACGAAUUCGAUCAAAUUUUAUCUCCAAUUUGGUUAAUAAAAUCUCUAUAUGCUGCCCUAAAUAUUUCUAUCGGACCUUUUUAUGCCUAUACGUACAAAGAUAAAAAUCCAGUCAUUGCCCAAAUUAUGUUCGAAUAUGCUGCUUUACAAACAUUUGAAUAUGGAAUAUUUUGUAACUAUGGACAGCAUUUAUUGGAAGCGAGUGAUAAAUUCCGGCAGGCUGCAUACGACAGUGCUUGGUACACAACUAAUUCAAAAUUUUGUAAAAAAUUGUUACUAAUGAUGAUUUUACGCUCUAAUAAAUCAGUGUCAAUAAAUGCUGGAAAGUUUUUUAGUUUAUCAAUGGAGUUAUAUUCAAAUAUUUUACAAAAAUCGUUUUCAUUCUUUACAUUUAUGCAAAAUAUGGCAGGAGAAUAA